AUGCGAGACUCUCCUUGUUCUUCUAUCCAUCUCGCUCUUGGUGGUGACGCUUAUCCAAUUAAUUUUUCUUUGUUUUGUGUUGUUUAUGUCAACGUGCCUUUGCCUCCUCUUCCUGAUCUGAAUGUUUUUGAAGAAUCCUUUUUGGCCAUUGCAAGUGUGUGGGGUAACCGUGGUUUGUCAAUAGCACGCGAUAUAGCUAUUGGAGGAGACUUGAAAGUUCUUCUUCAGGUUGUCUCUAGCUUGUGGCUGAUUUCUAUCAUUGGUGGUUUACUUGACUUCCUUACUCUGAUUUAUGUUGGAAUUCUUCUUAGUCUAUCAGUACCAGUUUUGUAUGAGAAGCGCCAAGAUCAAAUUGAUGAUAAGCUGAGUGUGGCAAAUAGUAUUGUCCAAGCACAGUACUGGAAAGUAGAUGAGAUGGUUUUGAGCAAGAUUUCAUUCCCUAGAAACAAGGAAAAGAAGACUCAAUAGGUCUAAUGUAAUGUACUCUUCCCUUCCCAGUCAUGAGUGACAUACGUAUUCCAAAAGAGCAUCAUGAUAAUCACCGAGCUUAUAUUACUGCAUUACUAUUCUAACUUAAAGGCAUCUUGAGGAGUAUUGUCCACUAAUAAUUUUCAUGCUGCUACGGAAAUAUUGAAAUGACGUUUUAGCUAUAAAAAGUUGAUUGUGAAAAUGUUUACUGGAAACUAUAGUAAGAUAGAUUGAUUUAUUGUUUUGCUAUAUUUUUGAUGGUUUG